CAGAAAGAAGUGCGCACUCUAGCUAUUAAAACCUGUUUUCCACGUCUGUUGUUGUCAGGUAACAACAAACUAACAAAGUCCUGACGUCAAGUAAGGGUCUUCGUUUAAUAUUGAUGAAAAUGCAGUAAGUGUAAUUGCAAGAUGAUGAAGAGGAAAUGGGAAGUAGUUUACACCAACAGUGGGAGCCCAAAACCUGAAGAGAAUGAUCACAUGGAAGUAUUUUCUGAGCAGUCUGAGAGAACAACUGAAAUUGACCCACUGGAAAUACAAGAUUGUGACCUCCAAAUCCAGGAAGAUUCUUCUCCUGAGAAGGAGGGUUCAAGCAGUUCACGGCCAACUUCAUCAAAGAGGAAACCUCUUAAGUUUGAGGAUUGUAUGAAGCUUAUUACCCUUGAAUGUGAGUGGAAUCAAUGUACAUACACAUUCAAGAAGAUGGAGGUAUUUUGUCAGCAUGUCGACGAACAUUUGUCAGCUGACAGUAGAGCAGUUACAGAAGACGGCUAUCUGUGCAUCUGGAGGGAGUGUGGCUAUUUCUGUGACUCAAAAGAAGAGCUUAAUCGUCAUGUUUGUUUCCAUGCUUUUCACACUAAGCUCAAGGCAAUUGGCAGUGUCCUCCUGAAGCAACAGUCAGGAGAGUGUGUUGUAGAUUCAUCAGGGCGCAACAUGAUUCCAGAGAUUCCUGAGCCUUUCCAGUGCAUGUGGGUUGAGUGUGAUGAAAGAUUUGCUUCUGCCCAAGUGUUUUAUUGGCACGUCCAGAAUCACAUUCUCUGCGUUGAUCCAGAUGAUAAUAAGCAGUAUUUGUGUCACUGGCAAGGCUGUUCUUCCACGUUCAAGAACCCUACAAGACUGUCCGACCACGUAAGAAGUCAUACCCAGGAGAAACGUGUUGGAUGCUCAAACUGUGGAGGAAUAUACUGUUCAAAUACGAAGUUCUUCGAUCACUGUGCCCGACAGGUUCCUCUGAACUUACAGCAGUACAAGUGUUCACACUGUUCGACCAAGUUUGCCAAUGAACGACUUCUAAGAGACCAUGUUCGUCGUCAUGUUAAUCAUUUCAAGUGUGGAGAGUGUGAGAUGACCUGUACCACAAAGUCCGUACUUUUAUCACACAUCCGAUACAGGCAUUCAGAUUAUAGACCGCACAAAUGUCUCCAUUGUGAAAAAACUUUUAAAUCCAUCACAGACUUGAAUCGUCACAUAUCAGUGCACUCUAAAGAUCCACCCUACUUGUGUCCCUUCCUUGGGUGCGGUUAUGAUUGUCGAUCAAUGACCACUCUUAACAAGCACAUCAAAAUGGACCACGACGGAAUGGUCAAAGAGCCAUAUGCUUGCCAUAUAUGCAAUUCCAAAUAUUCCCUAGGGAUCUUCCUGACACGGCAUCUUAUCAAUGUCCACAGUUUUCAUUGGCCUCCUGGGCAUAGUAGAUUCAGGUAUAAACGAGAUGAAGAUGGUUUCUACCGCUUGCAGACGAUUAGAUAUGAGAGCAUUGAGUUGACUCAGGAAGAAGAUGAAAACUUGCAAGAGGAGGCAGUUGACAAUCCAGAUCCCUUGCCUUCUCCCACUCCACCUUCCUCUGCUGCUGUCUCCACUCCUAACAAUGAACCUCUAUCUCAGAGGGAUGCUAAUCAGGACUGGCAUAAUUCUAAAUUGAGUUCCAAAAAUGAGAAAGUUUUACUCAAACCUCCAAGUUCGCCUCAGGAUUCUGUGUCGCAGGAGAUUAUCUUGCCUUCAGAAUAUUGUUAGAGCUGCUUCUGUACUAUGUUCCUCUGUUAGCAAGAUAACAGAAUGCAAUGAACUGGAGUAAGUGGUUGUGUCCAUUUUAUUGCUGUUUGGUCACAAAUUGCAUUUAUUUAUUUACAGUAAUCAAGACUAAAGGUGUAAUGGGACCAUAACACUUAUUUCAGUAAUAAAAUAACAUCAGCAUAAGAAUUGAACAACAAACAAGCAUAAAUAAAUGGUUAUAACUUUAAAAUAAAUCGGUGUUUGAAGGACCAGAUUUACUACCAUUUUAAAAGAAUUUUUUAAUUUUUAAUCAUUUAAAUAACUUUUAUUGAGAGUUGAGUUUUCCAUCAUUACUUGGAGAUUUUGAAGUCCCUCAAGGUAAGAGGUAUGUUUUUUAACUGGGUCUUCAAAUUUUUACAUCUUCUUAAUUAGGUCUUUAAAUUGUCACACACAUUUACAUCUUAAUUAGGUCUUAAAAUUUUCACACACAUUAAGUAUGGGUUAUUUAAUGAACAUUCUGUAUGUGGAGAAUGCAGGUCAUUAAGAGUGAAACAUUUCACAGUCCAAAACCUUGACUGCCGAAAUUUUGAAUUUUCUUAAAACAAUCCGUUUGUGACACCCCUAUGAAUGUCAAGUGUUUUGGCCGGUCUGGUUAAACUAUUGUACGUACCUUGUAAGUGAUAAUCUUGCUGUCCUUUGUUUAGGCUAGCUGCCCAUUGAUUGCAUUUGAUGGAUGAGAAUAACUGUGUGAAGAGCAGUAUCAUCAUUUUGCUGAUUAUGACCAUAAUUCUUUUUCUGGGUUACUGUAUGGUUAUUAAAAGCAUCAUUAGCAAAAACUCUUUGCUGCCAAUUAAAGACAACAUUAAGAGUAGUAUAUAGCCUCUUACGUUUAAUUGAAAACCAUCUUAGUAUCUAAGGGUAAACUGGUCAACCAAGCAGUAUAGUCUGAACAAGUGUGGACUUCAUUUUUAAAUUUAUUUUGGAGCUACCAGUUAGAUGUAAAAUGUAGUAGAGAAAUAUUUUGCACCAUAAUAACUCUCAACCCUUCACAUUAGGGCUGAUUUAACAUAAUAAAGCCAUAAAUCUAAAAGGUAAUUUUGGUUCAAACCUUAAUGAUUAAAUUAGCACACAGGAAUCUUUAGUGCUUAAAAGCACUUUCCCCAGUAUAACUACAAUCCUAUUCUUUGGUGCUAUCUACAUUUUAUCAUAAGUCAGUCCGAGUUUGAAAUAGUGCUUCUCCCAUCCAGAAUUCAUUAUCUACCAAUAUCAUCAAAACCAGCUGAAUUCGUUUGUAUGUGGUAGUAUCCCAUGACUGCAUGUGAUAACCCUUGCCCUAAAUUCUUGCUUUUCCUCUUUGACCUUCUUGAUUGCAGUGAGGAACACAAAAAACAGUGAUAGUUUUAAUUAUUAUAAUUCAGUGAUCCCUAUUCAUAUGGAACAUGCUCACAGGGGCCAUGGAGUUGAAAUUGAAGCUUCUGAAGACUAUGGUAUUCAUUUGAAAUAAGUAACAAAGUAAUAGGAAAUACAGACAGAAGAGUUACAAGAAAAAAACUAACAAGUUAAUAAAUAGGUAAUAAACCAUAAGUUAAUUAUUAAAAUACAGGGAGAAAUAUUAAAAGUCAGUAAUGUAUAGCAUCCUUACUUGAAUAUCACUACCAGUGGAUUUAUGUGCUAGCUUCUUUAUACCUUGCCUCCAUAAUAGAAUUGUUGGUAAUUUUUUUGUCAUCAGUUCUACCAGCAGUGUUCCCACAUGUAGCUAUACUUUGCAAUCCCCUUCCUUCCCCACUAAAAGGCUGCUGGUUAUUGGAGCCCAGUUUUUUUUUUCAGAACACUUUUUUGAAGCUUCUAUUUUUUCCUUUUUCCAAAAUUAUUGAAAGGAAUAGCUUACUGAAAAUUUUUAGUUAAGACUUUAAUCAGAAUAAAAUUAUUUUAAAUGAAGUGUGUGUCUGUCUCUUUCAACUUGUGAAUUUUCUACUAUAUUAAACACUUAAUUUAAAGUAUAAAUAGCAUUUUAUAUUAUUUCAAUUGCAUAGCUCUUUUAACUAACAAUGUGAAAAGGACUAAAGUUCAGAGGAGUACUGAAAUAAAGAUGUUAAUUGUCCAAUACACCUUCAAAAUCAUUCAGCAUACAAGAUAAAAAUACUGAACUUGUAUCUACAACCACCAAACUCAUUCUCUAUUAUUUUUUUUUUUCUUGAAUUCUCAAGAAUAUUUAUGUUAAAGUAGAUUGAACUCUUGUUGAUAUAUGGCUCAAUAAAUUUACCUUUGACA